UCUCCUCUCCUCUCCUCUCAGCUGUGUCUACAUUGUCAGCGGUUUCCCAUAAUGGCAGCCAAUGGCGGCAGAGUUUGAAAAUUUUCCUGACACAAAUUGGAAUUUUGUGCAGAAGUGUCCCAAAAUGUCAAUGCCUGAUGUACACAACUGCCUAUAUCUGUCUUCUGAAAAUGAGCGCAUUAGAAAGAAAUAUAAGAAACUUGCAAGAAGAAAUGGAGUGUUAGAGAGGGAGUUGAACGACCUUAAAGAACAGUUUACAACCCAAAGAUUUAUGCAAACUCAUUCAAGAAGUGUUCAAGUUCAGACUGAAGAAAAAAGAAAAACACCUGCUGGUGGAUCAGCAGUAAAGCUGAACCAAAAUGAUAGACAAAAGAAACCAGUGCAAGUUGAACAGUUUGAAAGUACAACCAAGGUGUUGUCAAUGCACAACAAUCUUAUGAAAAGAUAUCAGAAGGAACUAAAGACUAACACAGCCCAUGUGGAACAAAUUGCUACUUUGAGUUUAGAAAACAGAGAUCUGGAAAAGAAACUCCAAGAUUCCCAAAGAAAAAUAGACGAAUUGCACAAAGAGAAUGAAGCUCUUCAGGCCAGAAUUAAUGCUGUGGGGAUUAAGGAACGACUAACACCCUCUAAGAGAGAUUUAAUGGCUGAUCUCCGUAAAGUUUCACAAGAGAGAGAUAGAAUUGCUAAGGAGAGAAAAAAGUUUAAAGAUGAACUCAAGAUGUUGGAUCGGGGAUUCUUUGAGGAAGUAGAAGAUUUAAAAUAUGCCCUUCAACAAGCAGCAAGACUGAACAGUGCCUAUGAAAAAGCUCUCAGGCAGCUUUGCUCCCAGUAUGGACUUUCCUUCCCUAAAGUAACAACACCAACACAACGCCGCAGGAAACGCACAAGGUCACAAGCAAGAGAAUUUACAAGUCAGUAGUAUUCUACUAAAUGAUUCAACCCCUGAUCUUAACCCUUCACUCUAAACAUCUGAUUCACUUGUUAAUUCUCCCCUCUGCUAGCUAAUACACAUUUCCUGGUAUUUUGUAAUGAGAAUUUGGUGUUAGAUCAAGAUAACAAUGUCUACCUGAUAAGUUUGAGUUUUCUCAUUACCUUUUUCCUAGAUUAUGUUUGAUAUUAUAGGGAGAAGUAACAUGUCAGUCAACCUCCUGGAGUUACAGACACUUUCAUAAAUGGCUGCCGGAUUAAUAUUCUUUUGUUUAAAUUUAAAUUAGCCCUUCUGGCCUUGCU